UAGGGCUAACUUUUGCGUCGCUGCUUUUUCUGUAAAACUAAAGGUUAUGAAAAGCUACACGAUACGACAGGUUUACAUUUCCAUUACCGUCCUUAUCAUUUUCACAAGUGUCCACACAGAGGCUGGGGUCCGCUCAUUAUGUGAAGGAAGAUGCGAAUCGUCAACACCACACCUACAAACUCUUAAAGAUGUGUGGCACAAAACGUCAAAACGGAUCGGCAAGCAAGAUAUGUCAUUUGAGUCGUUCGUGACGUCACUAGUGGCGGCUUCGGAGCGGUAUCUUUGGUUGAAGCCACUCCGUGGGGACUUACUCGGCAUGAUAGCUAAAUAUCAGGACUGUGUCAAAGCCUGCGAACAUCAACACAGCAAAAGGACUUCCGAAAGAGCAUCUGAUGCAUACGUCCGGCCGGCAAUAUGUUUAACGAAAGAUUUCUGCCUGUAGCCGUCACCAUGGUUACCGACAACUACGUCACUUUCAUAGCUACGUUUUUUUCCAAAACAAUAUUUCAAAAGGAAGACAAAUCUCAGAAAGACAGAAACGUAACUUGUCAAUCAAAAUGUAUGAAAAUAUAACACAAAUCAGUUGUGAUGAAAAAUUCUAUACAAAGUAGCUAUCAAUAUAUAUUAACACUAACGAAUAGUCGAGUCGUUCUCAGUGUUCUUUGUAUAAUGGAUGUGGAACAUGUUUACCAAACCUCCAUCUAUACGACAUGUAAAAGUAAUAUUAGGCCAGUUUUCACUAAAGUGAUUUUGUGUUUUGUUCUCAAGAAAAGAUCAUGAAUUGUCUUAUAAUAAGAGGGCAGAGCCGUUUACCUCUUACUUUUUCUAAACAUAACAUUUAACAUUGUAGUAAAACGUGAAAAUUGAAAAGCAGACACUGACAAAUACUUCUUUUUCAGUUGCAAAUAUUCCUUCCUUUAAGAAUAUUUCUGCGAUCAGAUUAAAUUAUCCUUUUUCAUCGAACAUCCUAUUUUAUUUAUAAUUCACGUAAUUUAUCAAAACACAUUGGCAAAUAAUAAAAAAAUAAAUCAUUUGUCCAAGGAGUUAUCCAGACAUAAGUGUUAUCAGAGGAGAGAUGAGAUUCGAUGUUCGUUUUGGCAGUAAUACCUUACACGUAGCUGUGUAUGUAUCGAGGUCAUUUAAUUGGUUAAAAAUUGCAAAAGAGAGAAAAAAUAGCUCAAGUAAUGCUUGAUUACAUAAGACGUGUGUUUAAUUAUUGAAAUAUAUAAACUAAUUAAUUCAGUAAUUAUGUAAGACAUAGUUUUACUGUCACGCUAUAUUUGGUAGCAUUGUGUGGUAUAAACGGAGUUGAAAAUAUAUCGAGGAAGGAAAACAUGUCACAUACAAUAAUAGGAAUAAUGAAUGUUGAAGAUGAGCACCAAAUGAAUUUGGGAUUUAUAAUGAUUAUUGAAAAUCUUUUUCGGACUAAAUUUUAAUCAGUACAACCAAAUUACUUAUUCCAGGGCUCAUUUACUCUAAACAAUGGACUAAUGUGUGGCACUGUUAUGCCAAAGAAUGCUCCUUCAAUAUUCUUUUCAAUACAAUGACUUAGAUAAAUGCCUUAACAUGGUUUUGUUUUUAUUAUAUGGUACAACUCUAUACAAUGUAACACAUUAAAUAUCAGAUAGGAGUGUUAUUUUUUCGUCGGAAUUCAGAAUGUAAUUGAUUUACAUCGACCUCUAGCCUUAUCUAACAUUUCUUAAUUAUCGAAAUAAAGCAGAA